GUCUGUGUUCAAACUUCGUUGACUUAUUAUUCUAUGAAAAAACUGGAAAAAAAAUUCCAGCUGCUACGUAGAAGGUGUUGAAAAUAAAUUAAUAAAUAAUACGAUAAUUACAAGACAGUUAACCUAAUGAAAUGCUUCUAGUUUUUUACUAUGGAAUCUACAAGAAAAGACUUCGUCACCGUUCUCUCUUCCAAUCUAGUUGUCUCCCUUCAAUUCAAUUCCCGAUUCGGUAUCCCUUUCUUCCCCAACAACAAACCCUAAUUUCUUCAGUUAGGGUUUGGUGAAAGGAUCAGAUUCUUUGCUGGAAAGUGAUUGAAGAAUCGAAACACACCAUUAGCAAAAGGCGAGGUUUUCUUUUCUUCGAAAGAAAACUUGCCAAUCAUGUCAAGAUCUGCUCGCUGUCUCCUCAUCUUCGCCGCCGUCGUUGGGCUGUGCUCUUUCCCUCCCACCGCCAGAUCACAAUCCCUCAUUCGCUUGCCGGGCGAUGACGGCUCCGGCGAGAUAAACGGCGAAGAUCUGUGCUCCGGCACGGCGUCCCCGCCCUCCUGCCCCGUCAAUUGCUUCAAAACCGACCCCGUCUGCGGCGCCGACGGCGUCACCUACUGGUGCGGGUGUGGCGACGCCGUCUGCGCCGGCACUCGCGUGGCCAAGCUAGGGUUUUGUGAUGUGGGGAAUGGGACCAGCGAUGUCUCUGGUCAGGCACUGCUAUUGGUUCAUAUGUUGUGGCUCAUCUUGCUUGGCUUCUCUGUCUUGUUUGGCCUUCUCUAAUGCACAUUCUCUGCUCUCAUCUUCUUUGAUUUGAGGUUAGAUUUGUUACAGUUUGAUUAUUCGGCGGUUUCUUGUUCUAAUUUUUCUUGAUCUUUAUAUAUAUAUAUAUAUAUAUAUAUAUGUAUGUAUAAUUCUGUGUGUAGAAGGGAGAUUUACACCAUUGUUCCCUUGAUUUUGUUGUUUUUGUUGUUGUAUUCUGUUUUUUCAAUUAAUGGAAGUCAUAUUCUUUGUGUACU